CCCCAGUUCGCCGCCUCACAGGACGUGUCUCUGCCUGUCUCUGUUCCCUCUACCUCGUCGGCAGCCACCCCCGCCAGUUUACCAGUCAAUCGCUGCAGCUCGCAGUGCUCGAGCACCAACUCUAUGUCGUCGUCAACGGUGCGAGUCAGAAACCCUUUACUUGUCAAAUCUUGGCGCCGUCACCUUCGUUAUUCUAACCUAUUCUAACUAUCAUUGUGACUUCUACUUUCAUUGGAUAUCAGAAGAGCAAAGCGAACUUUUACUACGCUCAUUAAGAAACGAUUCCUCAAGUCAGUCUUCAGGAACUUGAUGCGACCUUCGCAAGCUAUCAGCAACAUCUACGAACACUCACUAAAAUAACGGAUUCAAAGCUUCAGAAUUACAAUGUCGGAUUGGCUGCUCGUCACGGCUAAGGUGUGGCUGGUGAAGAAGCAUCUGUAGAGUCUCAGGAGAAUCAAUAGGAGAGAGAGAAAGAGAGAUAGAGAACGGGGGAGAAAAGAAAGAAGUAUCAAGACUGGAGUAGGGGAAGUGGACGGUGCAGAGAAGAAAUAGAAGAGAUCGAAGCCUUGACCACGGACACUUCAGGGCCAAAGCCGGAAGUAGCUGGGCCUCCGGCGUCGACGUCGGCGUCGGCGUCCCAUAAAAGAGCAUGAUAGACCCGAGUUCCUCCGAGGAGGAGAGCGAGGAGGAUCAGAGCACCCAUCAUCACGGGGGUGGCGGCGGAGGCCGUGGUGGAUCCCAUGGUUCCCGCCAGCAUCCCGGUGGUGGUAGUGGCGGUCCAGGGUCUGGAGCAGCCGGAAGCGUAGGUUUGGCUAGCUCGGGGCUCACGGCUUCCCCGGGUGGCCUGAACCACGUAGGCUCCUCCAGUUCGUUAGGGGUACACGGAGGCAGCGUGCAUGGAGCACAUGGGAAGGGCGGCACGGCCAUUGCUACCCAGCAGGAAGCUGUGGCAGCUGGUUUGGACGUGCCGAACCUAUCCAGUGCUAGAAACUCUCUUUCCCCGUCUAUGAGCGCAGCUCAGGAUGCCGUCAACUACGCCAAGUCUGCGCCGAGGCCCACCAGCCCUUCCCCAUCGGUGGCCAGUGAGAAGACUGAGGCUGAUCUACAAGAUAAGCAGGAACGCGAGGAGGAAGAAAGGAAAACUAGAAUCCAACUGUACGUCUUCGUAUCAAGAUGCGUCGCCUAUCCCUUCAACGCGAAACAGCCAACAGACAUGACUCGCAGGCAGAUGAAGAUCACGAAGCAACAACUUGAGACUCUCUGCUCUCGCUUUCAGAGCUUUCUGAAGGGGGAAACGCAGAUUAUGGCCGAUGAGGCUUUUCAUAAUGCAGUGCAGAGCUACUUCGACGUCUUCCUCAAGUCGGACCGCGUUGUCCGCAUGGUACAGAGUGGGGCCUGCUCACAACACGACUUCCGUGAGGUGUUUAGGAACAACAUCGAGAAGCGUGUUCGAUCCCUUCCGGAAAUCGACGGUUUGAGCAAAGAGACUGUUCUUACGUCCUGGAUGGCCAAAUUCGACUGCAUCUUCAAAGGAACCGGUGACGAGGACACCAAGAGGCCUUCCAGGAUGCAACAGCAGUCCUUAAAUUCGGAGCUGAUCCUCUCGAAGGAGCAACUGUACGACAUGUUCCAGCAGAUCCUCGGUAUCAAGAAAUUCGAGCAUCAGAUUUUGUUCAACGCCCUCCUGUUGGACUCAGCUGACGAGCAAGCUGCCGCCAUCAGGAGGGAGCUGGACGGUCGCAUUCAGAAGGUCAACGAAAUGGAAAAGAACCGUAAACUGAUGCCGAGGUUCCUCCUCAAGGAAAUGGAGUCGCUCUACAUCGAGGAGCUCAAGUCGUCUAUCAACCUGCUAAUGGCUAAUUUGGAGUCGUUACCGGUCUCCAAGGGUUCGAUAGACAGCAAAUACGGGCUGCAGAAGCUGAAGCGCUACAACCAUCGCGGUGAGCGCUCCCGCUGCCGCAGUCAGGGUUCCCUCGCUAAACUGGAGGGCGACUCCGCCGAUCCCGAUCCCCAGCUUACCAAGAUGGACGUCGUUCUGACCUUCCAGCUGGAAGUUAUAGUGAUGGAAGUCAAGGGCCUCAAAAGUCUCGCACCAAGCCGGAUAGUUUAUUGUACUAUGGAGGUCGAGGGUGUGGAGAAACUUCAGACGGACCAGGCUGAGGCCUCUAAGCCAAUGUGGGAUACCCAGGGUGACUUUACGACCACCCACCCUCUGCCAGUUGUGAAGGUCCGACUUUACACAGAAAACCCGGGCAUGUUAGCUCUUGAGGACAAGGAGUUAGGGAAAGUUAUUCUCAGACCAACUCCAUUGUCUUGCAAGGUACCCGAGUGGCACCGCAUGACGGUUCCAAAGAAUCUUCCUGAUCAGGAUCUCCGAAUAAAGAUAGCCUGUAGAAUGGAUAAGCCUUUGAAUAUGAAGCACUGUGGGUACCUCUAUGCGCUGGGUAAAUCUGUUUGGAAAAAGUGGAAGAAGCGGUACUACGUGUUGGUCCAGGUCUCGCAGUACACAUUUGCGAUGUGCUCGUACAAGGAAAAAAAGACCGAGCCCUCGGAAAUGAUGCAGCUCGAUGGCUACACAGUGGACUAUAUCGAGGCCGCUUCCGCCAACUUGAUGGUUGGAAUGGACCUUGAGGGUGGAAGGUUCUUUUUCAAUGCCGUCCGUGAAGGCGAUAACAUUGUAUUUGCUUCGGAUGACGAGAACGAAUGCCAUCUCUGGGUAAUGGCCAUGUAUCGUGCCACUGGCCAAUCACAUAAGCCAACACCACCAGUUUCUGUCGCCGACAAAAGUUCUACCAUCAGCAAGAUACAGGGGGAUGCAGACAGAGCCAGGAAGCAUGGCAUGGAAGACUUCAUUAGCGCUGAUCCUUGCAAGUUUGAUCAUGCCUCGCUGUUCAAGUUCUUGCAGAAUUUAACACUGGACUAUAGACUGAAUGAUCCAUACAGUUCGUUAGGAUGGUUUUCUCCCGGACAGGUUUUCGUUCUUGAUGAAUAUUGUGCUAGGUACGGCGUUCGUGGAUGCUUCCGUCACCUCUUCUACCUUAAUGAUCUCCUGGACAGGGCUGAACGUGGUGUCAUGAUUGACCCGAAUCUCAUCCACUAUAGUUUUGCUUUUUGUGCCAGUCACGUUCAUGGAAAUCGUACCGACGGUGUUGGUUCGAUUACCCAUGAGGAGAAGGACAAAUUUCUGGAAAUUAAGGAGCGGCUGAGACAGCUCCUGGAAAAACAGAUUACUAAUUUCAGGUACAGCUUCCCAUUCGGACGACCAGAGGGUGCUUUAAAGGCUACCUUGUCCCUACUGGAGCGAGUCCUAAUGAAGGACAUCGCUACCCCAGUACCACCGGAGGAAGUCAGGGGCAUGAUAAAAUCGUGUCUGGAAACAGCGGCUCUCGUGAACUACACGAGGCUAUCGGCAGAGGCAAAGAUAGAGGAUGAUUUUAGUGGAGAGGUCUGUGUACCCCCAAGUAAGAAACUUGAAGACCUCAUCCACCUGGCGGAACUUUGCGUAGACCUGUUACAGCAAAACGAAGAACAUUAUUCGGAGGCUUUCGCCUGGUUUAGCGACCUCCUGGUGGAGCACGCUGAAAUCUUCUGGUCGCUAUUCGCCGUCGACAUGGACAAAGUACUCUCCGAGCAGCCGCCCGACACCUGGGACAGUUUUCCGCUGUUCCAGAUCAUGAACGAUUAUCUGAGAACGGACGACAAUCUCAAGAAUGGAAGAUUUCAUCAGCAUCUUCGGGAUACCUUUGCCCCACUCGUUGUGCGCUACGUCGACCUCAUGGAAACCUCCAUAGCUCAGUCCAUACACAAGGGCUUCGAGAAAGAACGUUGGGAAAUCAAGGGUAAUGGAUGUGCUACAUCGGAGGACCUCUUCUGGAAACUGGAUGCUCUUCAAUCUUUCAUCAGGGGAUUACACUGGCCAGAUCAGGAAUUCAGACAGCACCUUGAGCAAAGACUCAAGCUCAUGGCCUGCGACAUGAUCGAAUCCUGCAUACAGAGAACUGACACAGCUUUUCAGCAAUGGCUCAAAAAGGGUGUAACGUUUAUAUCCACGGAUUAUAUUAUUCCUUCGGAAAUGUGUGCCAUGGUGAAUGUUAUUCUGGAUGCGAAGAAUCAGAGUUUUAAGCUUUGCGCCGUUGACGGCGUCGACGUGCACCAGUACCACACCAAGAUCGAUGAUCUCAUUGAGAAGACAUCAGCUGGUAUGACUCAAGGAAUGAUCAAUAAGUUAGUUACCGUCUUGGAGACGACCCUGUCAAAACUCUCGCGUUACGACGAAGGAUCCUUCAUCGGAUCCAUUCUUAGUUUUACGAAGGUAUCGGGAAGUGGAAAGGAAAUGGGCCAAGCCUACGUGAACUUCACGAGGAACUGCAUGGACCAGAUUCGGAGCAAGGUCAUCGACGAACUUUGGAUUUUGAUCUUCUUCGAGCAAUGGUACACAGCACAGAUUCAGAUGCUGUGCAACUGGCUUUCCGAAAGGCUGGAUCAUAGCUUGCAUCUGUAUCAGUGCACCUGUCUCGCUCAUAUCGUGAAGAAGAUCUACUCAGACUUCGAGCUCCAGGGUGUCACAGAAGACAAACUCAACUCGAAGACAUAUCAGACGAUAUUCCAAAGGAUGCAGACAGAGGAAGCAACUUGUGCCUUAACCAUGUGCGCUCAGAACGAGGAAGGGCUUUCGGAGAACGGCAACGACGAAGAGGUCGAGAGGCCAAAGACAAAGGUGACGAUCGUGGAGACGAUCGCAGGCGAAGAUGCCAAUUACGUAGCCAACAUCUCCAACGUUACGUCCAACGUUGUGGGUAAAGUAGGCAGUAUGUUUGGCAGGGGCAUCGGUGGCCUUUCAACGAAAUUUGGCGGAGCUACCAGUUGGUUCUAAAGAAAAUCCGUAGUCCCUCGUACGAACAUAUUUUUGCCUAGGGCGUUCCUCUAUCCGUUCGUCUGCUAACGAGAAACUUAGUAUGCUCAAAAAAGCAAGAGGGAGGACUCUCUCUGCCUCUCUCUCUCUAUCACGAGUAAUACCGUAGAAUCAUAAGUCGUAGGGUUGUCAGCCAUAUGGCUAAUGUGAUACGGCCACCAGCGAUCGAUCCAAGAAUAACGUCGAGUAUUUCGAUCCCGAAGAAAAGCAUUAUAAAAAAUAAGAUAUUCAAAGUAAGUGAAGCUAGAGGAAAGAUCCAUCGAAUUCUGACGUUCAGCGUUGCAUAACGGGAAACACGAAAAAAGAAAUGGAUAGCCUGGAGAAAUUGGCGAUGAAAGAAAGAAAAAAAAAUAUAUAAUGAAGAUGUUAGUACUCAUUUUCAAGUACUUAAAGAGGAGAUUCACAUUAUUCGCAAUGGGCUUGUGAAAAAUAUAACAUGUAUCUAUACCAUGAGGAUAUAGGACGACGGUAAAGAAUAAAGGCAAGAUAUAUAGAUAUAUAUAUACUGAUAUGUUUGUGCGUGCUCACAUGAAUAUUUACGUAUAUUUUUAUACAGAGCGAUCGACGCAACCGGGGUCGUGUUUGAAUAAUUCGUAUGUUCCUAUGAUGCAGUCAUGGAUGGAUAACAGGAGGGAGAGUUUAAUUACGCAAUCGUAUUGAGAGAUGGAUUGGAUUAAUAAAAAAUUAAUAUAAUUGAUCGAGCAAAUUUAUGAGUAAACAAUACAACGCGAUUAAAUUUCGAAAAAAAUUCAUGAAUUAGGUAUUUCAUAUAAUUCCGCGUCUCUGUAUUUUGUACCGUGCUGGGAUAUAUUUGUUUUCGCCUAUAACCCCAAAUGUGUGGAUCACCCUGUAUAUAAAAGAUAAAAGAAGGAUGCUGUAACGUAAUAAUUAUAAAAUAUUGAUACUAUCUGUACUCCAGAUAUAUUAUUAAUAACUAGCAGGAUUAUCGCAAAGCAUAUAAAUUUCCUAUUUAGUAAUACGUACAUUAGAAAUCGAGUGUACGGGCGGAAUGUUAUACACGUUAAUUGAUCGAUUAAUUGAUUAGAAAUGGAUCGAGGAAUUUAUAUCCUUCGGUACGGUAUACACCGGACGUUCAAUCGAAAUCUGUCCUGGUAUCGUUUUGUCGUGUAAGAUGAUUAUGACGCCGUCGUUGCAGUAAUAAAUGAGUGUUUAACGGAACGACUAAAAUUCCGACGGGCAAUAAUAAUGGCGCGUCCAUCGAAGACUAUAAAAUGCGAAAGAGAAGAAAAAAUAAAAAAAAAAGAUCGGUGCCUUUGAAUUAUUUUUAUUAAAAGUGCCGUGAGCCAAUGAUCGGAGGGACACGAGCGUUCCCGCCACAAUAAUGAAAGCAUGUCGAAAAAUUGGACUUUUUAAAGACUUUUAAGCGAAAAAACGAUAAUGGCCGCAAUUAACGGCACUUCGACACUGACAAAGCACUUUCGAACUGACAGGUCCCUCAUUGUCGUUCACAAAUAUUUCUUUCUCGUAAUAUCCUCAGAAUUUACGUUAAUAAACAGACGUUAUACUUCAUUGAUACUUUUAAAAAUGGCGGCAAUAUGUCGACGUAUCACGGGAAUGGGUUUCGACUGUUUAAAAAAAAAUAUACCGACUACUUUCACACUUCUCGUCAGUGUCAAUCGGAAAUUAUCCUUAAAUAAAAUAAAAGCUUUGACCUCACGAGGUAUCGCGCAAAAUGAACCUCUCGGCCAACCUUUAUCGAUUUUCCAUAUAUAUUUAUAUAGUUUUUACCAACAGUCCUUUAAUUUUCGCUCUACAAAGAAUCUCGAUGGCCGCGGUUAACCUAAUUCUUCUCCACGUGUUGUCCAAUUCCCCAGUAAAACUUGACGCGUUAUGAGAAUACGAAUCCUCGACCUUCUUUAUAUCAAAGAAUUCCGUCACGUUUACGCGGUUCCUGUAUUCCCGAUUCUCUUCCUAAGCCUUAAUCGUGCGUACCCUAUGAUUAUUAAUUUCGGAUAAUCCUAAUUGUGGCCGUUCCAAUUACACUGCACGGUCGAAUUGGUCGUACUAUUCGAAGCAGAUACAUCGCCGGCAGCUUGAGAAACGUAUUGUAAGAAGGAAUGAAAAAAAAAGAAGGCUAACAAAGAACGAAGAUCGUAACCGAUCGCGUUGUGAUUGACGUCCAGAAAAGUCAGAUUCUCGAAAUAUUAAUAUCGGUACUACGUGAAUCAAAGAACGAGCAAUGAAGUUAAUAUAUGAUCGAAGAUGAGUAAGAAUUUGGAAACAAAGAAUAUGUUAAAAGAAACGGACGAAGGUUACGAAGAAGAUGAAGAAAAAUAAAAAAAAAGCUAAAAAUUGUUAUAUCGUAUCUAUAACGACGCUAAUGAAUUUAGAUUACGAUUAUCGUUUAGUACGGUUAUUAUCAUUGAGACACUAUUAUUAUUACUACUAAUAUGAUUACGGUCGUUUAUUAUCGUUGAUGUUCAUCUUAUUAUCAUUGGCCGUUAUACUACGAUUAUUAAUUAUUGGUAAUGAGACUCUUAUAAUAUCUCUAGGAUAGGCUAGGACAGUUACGUAAACGAUCUCUCUUUCUGCUCUGACGGUAAUAUUUUUCUUGCACUAAUAUUGAGAAAUGAAAAAUCUUUUAAUUCACUCUUAACUCCCCCUCUCCUCAAACCCUACCCCAGCCACCCACCCCCGUCGUAUUCCCCUACGAACCCCCUUUUAAUCGCAUCAAUUCUGACGUUUAUUCAAGCCAAAUGAGGAGAAUCUUUACUCUAGCCAAUGUUCUAGCGGAUUCGACAUCUAUUCAACUGUUGUUCUCUCGUUAAUAAAAAUCCAUGAAAAACGCCAUGCGCUCGAAAUCUCGACAUCUUUUAUUCUUCCUCCGAAGCGUUAAUCAUUGACUCAUUACUGUAUUAUUCACGCAAUCACAAUUACAAAUGUCAUUUUGCAUUUUUUUCGGUGCUUAUCCGGGCGCAUAACAUUUUGUCAUGACUUGUCAGUGUUUUCAUUUUCUUCUUUCUUCCCAGAAUAACCUAAAGUAUGAGUCAGAUCCUUGAUAAAAUUGUCGACGAUAACGAUUACAUAUCUAUUUUCUCUUUUCCACCUUCUUUCACUGUUUCCACUAUUUCUCUUCACGGUCUUCAAUCUUUGCGUCAUUAGUAUCAGAUCAAACAUUAUGUUCUUAGAUGAGUUACGGAGAUUUUUCAUGACGUUCAUUGUAUCGCAAGGUGAUCACCUGUUGUAAAUAAAUAAUGUGAAAGUAUAA